AUGAAAAAGAAUGGUUUGGACGAACAAACGAUACAAAAAGCUAUACAUCUAUUACAACGCACACAUGGUUCAGCAGACAUCGAUGCAAACGAGGUCAUAAAUCUAAUACUUGACCAUGCGGCAAGAGCAUGUUUUGAACAGCAGUCCCGAGUUGACGGUCUACCAUCUUUAGAGACAGAAGCGUCAGCACUUGACGAUGACAGGGAAUCAUUGAUUGUUCCAAGUCACUGCUCUGCACAUGUCCAAAUUGAUCCAACCAGAAGGCGAUGUGGAAAUUAUGACACGCCUCAAAGGAUCACAACUUUGGGAGACACAUGUUCUAACAAUGGAGAACAUCAGUCCGAGGAAGGGAAUACUGUACUUGACUACGACAACAUUUCUUCAGAACCGCCAGGGGCGAUGGCCUCAUCACAGCUGUCGGAAGUCGAUGAUAAUUCAGAUGAUUCUCACGAUAUUCACGAGUCCCCUGCUAUUCUCAGUGUUAGGAGUAUGGGCUACAGUGAUCAAAGUAUCCAACCUGCUUUGCAAAAGCUCCAGAAUCGAAACAGCGAAGUCACAGGGGAAACAUUGAUGGCGGAAAUUAUCCAGUUUGAAGAUCCUGAUCCAAUAGUUGAGGAAUAUUGUAGAAUGAAGGACAGCCUGACCUGCAAAGUAUGUUUGAUGAAUACCGUCAGUAUCACCUUACUACCAUGUGGUCACCUUUUGUGUUUGGAGUGUGCAAAAAACAGCUCGAUUAGAAGCUGUCACAUUUGCCGAAGUCCGAAAAACAAAACUCAAAAUAUUUUUUUUGUUUAAGAAACUUUGCUUAAACAAAGCAGAUGAUCUAUUGAACUCCGAUAUCAAACUCAAAACAAUAGGAGAAAGUAAUGACGAUAAGUGAAAUUAAUGUUCUAAUCAUGUUGAAUAUUAUGAUAGUAUUUUGUAUUUUGUAAUUAUCAAGAAUAUGAAACAAAUCUAAA